CGGAAGCGGGCGGCGGUUGGUGUCGGUGCGCGGCGAGCGGGGCCGGGCGCAGGAUGCGAGGCGCCGCCGCCGCCCUGCCCCCUGCUCGCUCGCAGCCAGCGCCCGAGGAGGAGGAGCGGCAGCGGGAGGAGCGGCCGCAUUCGUAGGAGCCGCCGCCGCGGUAGAGCAUGAGCGGGGCCGCGGAGAAGCAGUGCUCCGGAGCGGGGACUCCCGCCGCGGCGGAGAAAGCGGCGGCCGGGGGAGACGCGGGGCCGGAGCCGCCGCCGCCGCCUUCGAUGCUGAGCGUGGACGUGACCGGCUUGGUGUCGCAGUUCGCCAGGAGCUUCGUGCUGAUCUUCCCCGUGUACGUGCUGGGCUACCUGGGGCUGAGCUUCAGCUGGGUGCUCAUCGCCCUGUGUGGGCUCUUCUGGAUCCGGCGGCACCGCGGCGGCAAGACCUCCCGCCUGGGCCGGGCGCUCGCCUUCCUGGAGGACGAGGAGGAGGCGGUGCGGCUCAGCGUCUCCUCCGCCGAUCUGCCUGCGUGGGUCCAUUUUCCAGAUACAGAAAGAGCAGAAUGGCUCAACAAGACUGUAAAACAAAUGUGGCCUUUUAUUUGCCAAUUUAUUGAGAAACUCUUUCGGGAGACCAUAGAACCAGCAGUAAGAGGAGCAAACAACCACCUCAGUACCUUCAGUUUCACGAAGAUCGAUAUUGGUCAUCAGCCUCUGAGGAUAAAUGGUGUAAAAGUGUACACUGAAAAUGUGGACAAAAGGCAGAUCAUUUUGGAUCUUCAGAUCAGUUUUGUUGGAAAUUGUGAAAUUGAUUUGGAAAUCAAGAGAUACUUCUGUAGAGCUGGUGUAAAAAGUAUACAGAUCCAUGGUACUAUGAGGGUUAUCCUGGAACCACUAAUUGGAGACAUGCCCCUAAUUGGAGCGCUAUCACUUUUUUUCCUUAGGAAACCUCUUUUAGAAAUAAACUGGACUGGACUGACCAAUCUUCUUGAUGUUCCAGGGCUGAAUGGCUUAUCAGACACGAUAAUAUUGGACAUAAUAUCCAACUACCUGGUCCUUCCAAACAGAAUUACAGUCCCCCUUGUCAGCGAAGUGCAGAUUGCUCAGCUGCGGUUUCCUAUACCGAAGGGUGUUCUAAGGAUACAUUUUAUUGAAGCUCAGGACUUGGAGGGUAAAGAUACCUACCUAAAAGGGAUUGUCAAAGGCAAGUCAGAUCCUUAUGGAAUCAUUCGUGUGGGCAACCAGAUUUUCCAAAGCAAGGUCAUCAAAGAAAAUCUCAAUCCAAAAUGGAAUGAAGUUUAUGAGGCCUUAGUAUAUGAACAUCCAGGACAGGAGCUAGAGAUUGAGCUCUUUGAUGAAGAUCCAGACAAAGAUGACUUCCUUGGAAGUUUGAUGAUAGAUUUAAUUGAGGUUGAAAAGGAGCGACUUUUAGAUGAGUGGUUUACUUUGGAUGAGGUGUCCAAAGGAAAACUGCAUUUAAAACUGGAAUGGCUCACAUUGAUGCCAACAGCAGAAAACCUGGACAAGGUAUUAACAAGCAUUAGAGCUGAUAAAGACCAAGCCAAUGAUGGGCUGUCUUCUGCAUUGCUGAUUCUCUACCUGGACUCAGCAAGAAACCUGCCCAGUAUCUACGAGGGAAACUUUGGGUGUGGAUACUUAAAAGAGAGGAGAGCAUCGGGACUAGUCUUUUGUGAAAACACUACCUCACUCUAUAGAGCACUAUUUCAUAAUCCAUUAGAAUUUAAUCCUGAUGGCUUGAAGAAGUCUGCUGUUCAGAAAGCCCUAAAGUCAGGAAAGAAACUAAACAGCAAUCCCAACCCGCUUGUUUUGCUGUCAGUUGGACAUAAGGCACAGGAAAGUAAGAUUCGAUACAAGACCAAUGAACCAGUAUGGGAGGAAAACUUCACUUUCUUUGUACACAAUCCCAAAAGACAGGAUCUUGAAGUUGAGGUGAGGGAUGAACAGCACCAGUGUUCUCUAGGGAACUUCAAACUGCCUCUAAGCCAGUUGCUGGAGAGUGAAGAUUUGACGAUGCAUCAGCGGUUCCAGUUGAGCAACUCCGGUCCAAACAGCACUAUAAACAUGAAGAUUGCACUCAGGGUCCUUUCUCUUGAAAAGCAAGCAAGAUCUCCAGAUCAUCAACACUCAGCACAAGUAAAAAGGCCGUCUGUUUCCAAAGAUGCAAGAAAAUCAUCUUUUAAGCCUCAGGUUCCUGUCUCACCACCGCUCGACUCAAGCAAACAUGCUCCAGCUUCCCCAGCGACAGACGGUGAUAAAAAGGCUGAUGUGACUGAAAAGAGCCAUCCUCCUAAUGCAAGCCCACAAUGGCCAACAGAUCUCAGCCGAAGUUCCUCCAGUCUUCAUGCCUCUAACUUCAAUUAUUCUCCCAGCCAUCUCUCAGUCAAAGAACCAACUCCUAGCAUAGCCUCAGACAUAUCUCUGCCCAUUGCCACACAGGAGCUCCGGCAAAGACUACGGCAACUUGAAAAUGGAACAACUCUGGGGCAGUCUCCGUUAGGACAGGUACAGCUAACAAUUCGUCAUAGUUCACAAAGAAACAAAUUGAUCGUGGUGGUGCAUUCCUGCAGAAAUCUAAUUGCAUUUUCAGAAGAAGGAUCUGAUCCAUAUGUUCGAAUGUAUUUAUUGCCUGAUAAGAGAAGAUCGGGAAGAAGAAAAACACAUGUAUCAAAGAAGACAUUAAACCCAGUGUUUGAUCAAAUAUUUGAUUUCAGUGUUUCCCUGCCUGAAGUACAGAGAAGAACACUCGAUGUAGCAGUGAAGAACAGCGGUGGUUUCUUGUCCAAAGACAAAGGGCUUCUUGGCAAAGUACUGAUACCUCUGGCAUCUGAAGAACUUGCUAAAGGCUGGACCCAGUGUUUGCCUUUUUUUUAAUUGAAGGUAUGAUUUAACAGAAGAUGGUACAAGACCACAUGGCGCGAGCUAGGCCCAUGGAUGCUGGCAAUUCCCCACACCUCCUUUUGCCAACCUUUAUAUAUUUUUAAAGCAUUGUUCUCACAGAUGUACCAAUAUUAUUUUUAUAGCUUUACCAAUUUAGUUGUUAGACACAUCCCCAAUAAUUUUAUAACGCUCGGCCAUUUUAUGUAGACAUAUCCUUUCUCACUGUUAAACUUUGUAUUUUAAUUUGCUCCACAAUUUUACGUGUUACUGUCAUGUGCAAUAAUACAGUAAUGUAACCUUUUCUGUUUAAAUUGGUCUUUAUGGCAGUUAUACCAAUUAGAAAGUGAAAAGAAGUUCUGCUGUUUUCCUGCCUUGUUUUAUAUCUCACCAAGAUAUACUGUACUAUGUAAAUAUAUACUAUUUUUUUAUAAUUCUUUCAUGCUGGUUUGAAUUGAGAAGAAAAUUGGAUAAAGGAUAUAGAUAUUUUCUUGUAAAUGCAUGUUAAUUUCUUCAAAUGAAUCUCUUUUGUCUUUGCAGCACAAUGCUCUUAAUGUUUAUCAUUUUGUGAUAGUCUUCAAAAACAAAGUGCAGAAAAACGUUUUUACUUUAUCAUGCUUCUGGCCCGGCGUGGCAAACUUAAAAUGUACAAAACAUUAACAUUUUAAUAUUUAUAUAUAAAUGUAUUAUUCAAAAAUCAUGCUAUAGAAUAUUAUAAAGAAAAAGGAAAAUUCUAUAAAUAUUGUAUAAAAAGAGGUCCAUGAAUCAGUUUAUAAAUUUGAGCUUUCAUGUAAUGCAGUAAACAUUACAAACUGUGGAGUUUUAUUAUACAGGUUCAUUGGGUUUUGUUAUUUAUUCCUGCACUCUACAGUACUAGACACUCUGCAGACAUGAGAACAGGGCUUUGUCUGUAUUACAAACAGAAUCUCUAGCUGUUCAGAACUGUCCUUGCUGCCUUGUUUCUCUGAUAAGGUAUACAAAUCAGCUUGCAUUGUAAGUUCAUAUAGUGGGCAUAUGUACAAAACAUGUUAUUUUUAUUAUACAGUGCUGUGCUAAAUAGUUAUUAUGCUGUACCUUCUCUAAUACUACAGUGGAACACCAGUAUGUAAGGAAGUGUGAAAGUGAAUUGAAACUGUCUUUACAGUUGCCUCACUGCUACUUACUGUGCUUGGUGCAUGGAGUGGUCCACACAGCUUUCUUGAGAAAUCAUGGCAUGGUGCUGAAGCAUUGCCACAGUCUGUGCAAGAGCAGCAGUGACACGGUUAGCACAACCUGAUGAAAGUAGACAUUGGGAGUUGAAGGAAGAGCAUCAGCCUCAAGAGCUGAGCUCACUACUCUAGUUUUAUGAAUUAAGGGGAACUUUUUUGUAACCAGAACUAGUUUUCUUGACUGUUAUAUUAAAAAAAAAAAAAGUGCAUUAUGAAUCCAAGAGAACAGUUUGGCUCCUUCAGAGCCAGCAGCCUCCUUCUUGGAUGAGUAUGCAAGUAGACAGACAAAGUAUGUUGUUUAGUUUAAGAUUCUAGAAUGAUCUCUCAGCCAAGAAAGAAUUUUAAAGCAGAAUAAUAAACUCCUGAAAUUAGCUUUAUUGUAAAAGUACUGACAGAACCUUAAUUCUAGAUGUAGAAUAUGCCUACAUGACUAGAUGUACCAAAGUGCCUACCAUAGAUGUAGCUUUUUUGUCAUUUUCCAGUUUAAGAAUUUGACUCAUUUCAGUUUGUCUGAAUUUGGUUUGGUGGAACAUUUGUCAGAUGACAUACAUACAUCUCUAUACAGUGAUGGCCUUUGUAUUGUCACAGUUCGAAUAAGACAAUUUUAGUAAACAAGCCUGAUUGUAAGAAAACAUUUCUUUUUGAAGGCUUCACUCUAUAUCACAAUGUAUGAGUGUCUCUAUAUGUGUAUACACUCAUCUGUUCAUAUUAGAUUCUCUUUGCUAGUUCUCCAUUAAAAUGUUGGGAAUGGAAAGACAGAGAAUGGUUGUUAAUGCAGUUGAAAUGCAGAGAAGUGAAAGCUGCUGUAACUAAGAGAUGCACAUGCAGUCGUUCAGCACAGCUGUCUUUGCCUUGGUUCAGCCAGAGGUGGACGGACUUUGGUUCUGCAUCUUGGCCAACGACUCACCGGUUUCAUCCCUAGCCUACAAAUAAGUCAUUAGACUGAUUUGGUGUUUCAAGGUAUAAGUGAGCUGUGAGGACAGAUGUUAGAUGUUUCUGCACUUAAACAAAAAAGAGUGUGUGUUUUGUCUUCUGAAGUCUCCGGAGGAAAAGAUGCAGUGUUUGAGUAAAUGCAAGGUGAUAUCACAGAGUGAAGACGUGGAUAAAUUAUGUAGAAUAGGUUUUCAAAAUAGCUCGGGACCCCACGUUAGGAAUAGGAUCUCAAGAGAAGUGCAGUUCCUAAUUAACAAUCUUAAAUGGAUAGAUUUUUAUUUUUUUUUGUAAUUCAACAACAGUAUUUUCAGUUGACAGUAAUCAUUUGUGGAUGAUCUUUAUUUAGAAGAGUUCUCCCCUGUGAAUUUGGACCAGAAUGUAACUGGCUGUUCUAGAUAAUGGAAUCAAACCUCUGUAUCAUAGUUACAAAGUUCUAAGUGUUCUGUUUGUGUGGAAGAAGAAAGGACAAGCACUUUUCCUCUGGACGGAUAUUGCACCUCAUUAUCAAGUCAAUGUGUUUAGUAUCAACUGAUCUCUGUUCACGUAGUUCUUGUUUAUUCUGUGCCUUAAAAUAUGAACGUAUGAAGAAGUUUAAGAAGUGGCUAAAACUGAGCUUUGUUACCUGUGCGUACCAACAUGUUCUCUACUGCUGAAACUGUUUUUAGAAUAACUGCUUCACUGAUGAGAAAACCAGCUCUCUUUUACCACGGUGGCAUAGCCCAAACUCAGAUCAGCAUGCAUAUCACAUGAGUUUGGAAUAAAAGAAUUUUAAUUUUGUCUUGAAUUCUUUAUCAGAGCUGCAGCUAAUGGUGAGAGUUGAAUGAGAACAAAGGGUAAUUAAUUUUGUACGGAUUGCCUUUUUUGCUCAUGUAAUUCUACAUUAUGAUGCAUGUAUUUAUUCAAUAAAUGGUUCGUAUGGAA